AUGGACGAUUUAUACCUCAAAUCCAUUCCUACUAACUCGCAGCCGACCGAUAUCCUUGCUGCAAGGUUCUCGACUUGGAGAAAGGUUAUUCGUGCUCUGAAUGUUUAUUUCAGAGAGGUCGCCACUGUUCAGGACGAGUAUGUUCGUCAGAAUGUGCGUCUGGGUCACGCGGUGAAUUUCCCUUUUUUUGAAAAUGGUACCUCGGAUGGCGGUAAUCACUCUGGUUCGGCGGGAGAUUUCCCCGACCAUGAGGACCGCAUGUUCGCUCCCUUUGGUAGCAACUCGAUUGCCGAUGUUCCUGGCAACUUGAUCCAAUACCAUCGUACCCAGGCCGCUGCUGCCUCGAGAACUUCUAAAGAACUGAUACAAAAUCUCAUUCCAAGACUUGAGGACUUGCGUCGUGACUUGCUAGUUAAGAUCAAGGAAAUCAAGAACUUGGGCAGUGAUUUUAGAAACAACGUUGCCAAGGAGCAACAGGGCACUGCUAGGGAUCUGAAUGCCUAUGUAAAUGCUAUUGAAGUCAUCUCCACCAACCCAGCAAGCUUAUCUGCCAAGCACGACCCUUAUCUGUUAAGGCCUGCUCUUGAAAAGCAAAUCAAUCGUCAAGUUAACGAAGAAAACUAUCUUUUAGAGGCCUUUUUGAACUUGCAAGGGUCUGGCCAGGAGCUGGAAAAAGUCGUGACUCAAGAAGUACAACAAGCGUUAUCGGUAUUUGCCAAACUAUUAGGCAUUCAAGGUCAAAAUACCACCGACUUAUUUAACAAAAUCAUUGAGGGAUACGUCGCCAAGAGCCCUACUGCCGAAUGGGACGCUUUUAUCGCGAGAGACGAUAACUUUGUGGACCCCAAUCUUAAACCUCGUAAAGUCGAGGAUAUCUCAUACAAGUACCAGGAUUCAUACUUGGCUCAUGAAGUUCGCACCGGCUAUUUAGAAAGACGUUCAAAGUACCUCAAGUCGUACUCUCGUGCUUGGUAUGUGUUGACUCCUUCGUUUUUGCACGAAUUCAAAUCAAAUGAUCGCAAACAUGAUCCUCACCCUGUUAUGUCUCUUUCUUUAGACGACUGUCAAUUGACCCAUGACCCCAAAUCUUCCAGCAGUCACUCUCACAAGUUCAUUUUGAACGCCAAGCAAUCUGGUACUUCGUCUGGUAGAGGUCACAACUGGGUGUUCAGAGCCGAAUCCAAAGAAAAGAUGGAGGAGUGGUUCAAGGAUUUGAGCACUUUGACCAACUUGUCUUCUCCUAACGAGCGGGUUGCCAAGAUUUUCAAGUCUGUUCCUGGCACUUCUGCUGCUACUGCCGGUGCUGCUACUGCUGCUGCUGGUGUUUCUGCUGGUGUUGCUGCUGGUGCUGGUGCUGGUGCUGGUGCUGGAGAAUCAGGUACUGGAGCUGCUGAAUCAGGUGCUGUUGACGGAAUUGCUGGUGAAUCUGAAGCUGCUGUUGUAGGACCCAGUGCCGACCUUGAUGGGAAUGUUUCAAGUGCUGGAGACGGUGGUCACUUUGGCGGAGACCAUACUGUCGAUUAUACACAAGUGGCUCGUGACGGCCAUGUUGCUGGAGCCGCUGCAUUUGCUGGAGCUACUGGUGCUGCUGCUGGUGUCGGUGGAUUUACAGCUAUUGCUGCUCACGACGUCGAGCGUCACUCUGCCCACAGUCGCUCGAUCCGAUCUCACACUCCACAUAUCGAUGAGAAUGGUGAUACAUACAUUCCAGUAGUAGCACCCAUCUCGUCACCUGUGCCAUCUGACACUUCAGGUGUCACUUCUAAUGGCGAACCGUUCCAAGAUGAGUCUGACCGUUAUGGAGCAACUGAACACAAUUUAGACGAGGGAACUCAGACCAUUGACAACAGCGUUUACAGCGAACACGUCGGUGAUGAGGAACGAACCCGGGGCAGGUUCCCUAGCGAGGUCAACCUUGAACAUACAGUUGACCCUGAACAGGCAGUUGACGAGGAAACCUUGCACCGUGAGGCUGCUGCUUUCAUUGUCCCCUCGGACUUACCCAAUAACAACACUUCGGACACUGCUGUUGACGACCAGGCUUCUGUAUUCACAUACGACCUGACCCAUACAGCAGCCACACUUCCAGACGACAAGGACUUCAAGCCUGUUGGCAGCGAGAUCCCCGUGCACAUUGAACGACGUCUGACCGCCACCAGACACAAGGAAGAAGAAAUCGAAGGAACCGGUAUCGGCAUUGCCCGCCACCCCGACGAGGCCCAGGAGUCUGAAGAGGCACUUAUCUCGCGUCGUCGCAGUUCAGUCGCCUCACACAAACGUCCUCAACGAGCUCCUUCACGCAAAGCCACUGGUUCCUACGGCACCGAUGAGCUCAAACCGCUCUCACCAGUCGAAGCCUCAGAACCAGCACCGCUGUUCUUCGCCAACGGCCUGCCAUCAACCACCGGCGGCGCCGACAAUUAG